AUGGAGUACAAUUUGACUGAAAAUCCCGACACGAUGCUUCCUCCCGGUACAGUGCAUUUGGUCACUGAGCAAUCAGACAAAAUCAUUCUCGUUCCCAAACCCUCAGCAGAUCCCGACGACCCAUUGAAUUGGUCCAAGACACGAAAAUGGUUGAACGUUACUUUGCUCUUGUUCUAUGUAUUCACUACGGGUAUCGGCGGUACGUCAGUGUACUCGGUCUUCACUCCGAUCUCGAAGGAAACGGGCAUCAGUAUAGCCCAGCUAAACAACGGUACCGGGUACCUGUUUCUUAUGGCAGGAUGGACCAAUAUCAUUUGGCAACCACUUGCGCUGACUUUUGGCCGACGCCCUAUUAUUCUGUUGAGCUUGCUCUUUUGCGUUGCCAUAUCCGAGUGGACGGCGUGGAUUGACCAAUAUCCAGCCUGGGCUGCGGCACGAUGCUUAUAUGGCUUGGCCUGCGCUCCAGUCGAGGUACUGCCCCAGAUUUGUAUUCCAGAUGUAUUUUUCGCCCAUGAACGAGGUGCUUUUAUCGGAUGGUACAUGUUUGUACUCUGUGCCAGCAAUUUUAUCGCUCCUCUCAUCGCAGGAUUCAUGAAUGAUACUUUUGGAUGGCAUUGGGUGCAGCAUUGGGCUGCUCUGAUCCUAGCGCUGAAUUUUGUGCUUGCCUUUUUUCUGUACGAGGAAUCCAUGUAUACGCGAACAAGCAUCGAAGGCGAGAAAUUGAAUGGGCUUCCUGAUAGGGAUGACACGCGGACUUUUCAGCAGUCCGAUGUGACUGCGGGCUACUACAAGAGAAAAACGUUCUUAGGGAAAAUGAAGCUAUGGUCAUAUAACGGAAACUCGUUCUCGCAGAUUAUUCGGAUCGCGUAUCGCCCUAUCCUGAUUUUCUUCCAAUUCCCUAAUAUCAUGUGGGCUGGCUUUAUGUAUGGAUUUGCCUUGGCUUGGUACAAUGUGUACAAUGCGACCACUUCAUCUAUCCUCUCCGCGGCACCCUAUGAUUUCUCUGCUGCUAUUGUCGGUCUCUCAUACGUUGCGCCGUUAAUUGGCGCUACCGUUGCAGGCGUCGUCUCCGGCCCAGUUGCCGACUGGUUGACUUUGCGAUUAGCUUCACGAAACGGAGGUCUCCGUGAACCCGAGCAACGUCUUUGGGGACUAGUGAUCUACUGCAUUCUGAUGCCCGCAGGUCUCCUGAUCUGGGGCCUGGGUGCAUACCACCGGGUCCAUUGGGCAGUCAUCCUUCUUGGUGGUCUUUUAUGUGGUUAUUGCAAUGUUUCCGGUGGUGCUUAUGCACUUGCUUAUGCCGUCGAUUGUUUCAAGGAACUCUCUGGUGAAACGAUUGUUUCGGUCAUUCUCUGUCGAAACACACUUAGCUUUGCUUUCAACUAUGCUAUUACUCCCUGGAUUGAUGCACAAGGUCUUCAAAAGACAUUUAUCGCUGUUGCGAUUUUGUCAUGGGCGUUUGGUGGUGAGAUUUACCUGAUCUACAUAUACACGCCCACGAGCAACAAAGGGCCAUCCAGCAAUAUUGAUUUCGGAGCUAUCUCGGAAGAUAGGAUCUCAGCAAUACCUACUUAA